AUGCCCGUAUACAUGCUCCACGGCUUCCGGUGGCCACGCGCCGGCUUCACCGGUAUCCGAGUCUACAUCGUUCUCCACAAUCUGGAAGAUGCUACAGCGGAAUACGUCCAGCAACCGGAGACAAGUCGACUGCUUACCGAAUGCUUCAAGAAGACGGACCCGGAUAUCGUAGCUCGUCUACCGGACCUACAAUUCAUCGAGCAGUAUGACCCCGAAGACACAACGAGCGAAACCGCUGUCAGCCAGCCCUAUGCCUACGUUGCGGCCAAGGUGAUCACACUCUCCGAACCUGGUGCUAAGGCUCCCGGGCUCAGCUGGAACCCCGAAGACUUGGCCAAGGACUCCCCAUUGGAUCCGGCUGCCUUGAAGGCUCUGACGGAACUUCGAGAUAAGUACGCUGCAGGCGAGAGAAUAGGCUGGUGGAUUGUCUACAAUGGGGACCCAAACAGGGAUUACCCUCACUCCGAGGAAGACGACAGUUAUGACGAUGAUUACGAUUAUGACGAUGAUGAUGAUGAUGACGAAUACACGGAAUCAAAUGGCGAUAGUGUUAGGAACUCAACGGCACCAGCAACACCUGAUAGCCCAGCAGCUCGAUUUCCCGUGAAGAUCGCCAGGUUCUUUGGCAGCCUCAUUCAUUCCGCAAACCGCCGGGGAAAUAAAAGCGGGAUGGUUCUUUCAUUUAUACUGGUGCAGAACCGCCAGGGUAAGACACGCCUGGCAAAGUGGUAUGCGCCUUACAGCGAUGAGGAGAAAGUAAAACUCAAAGGCGAGGUUCAUCGCCUCGUCGCGCCCAGGGAUCAGAAGUAUCAGUCGAACUUUGUCGAGUUCAAGCGGAGUACAAAAAUCGUGUACCGGAGAUAUGCAGGGCUGUUCUUCUGUGUCUGCGUUGACGCGACGGACAAUGAGCUAGCCUAUCUGGAGGCUAUACAUUUCUUCGUCGAGGUUCUGGACCAGUUCUUUGGUAACGUCUGUGAGCUGGAUCUGGUAUUCAACUUUUACAAGGUAUAUGCGAUUCUCGAUGAGGUGUUUCUCGCGGGAGAAAUCGAGGAAACAAGCAAACAGGUUGUGCUUACGAGGCUGGAACACUUGGAUAAGCUUGAGUGA